ACCGAUUCUCCGAAAUAACGGACGGGGGCCUUACCACCACCAAUCAUACAUCGUCGAUUUCUAGGAAGGCCACGGCAUCUGUCAACCGAACAUAGUUGAUUUUGAUGGGAAUCCCUUUUUGAACCAAUUCCUAAGUUCUACCCGAGUAGGCGGGGUUUGUUACAACUUUAUACCAAGACGUUGGGACUCAUUACUUCCUAACCUCUCACUUCUACCACCCCAUCGGGUUGAACGAUCCCACAUCUACGCUACGGGGCCUUGACUAAUAUACUUUUGGCGAAUUACGACAGUCCUUGUGAACAUCUCUAUACUCCUCGCUUACUUCAUCCUAGGACUUCUAAUGGAAAUCGCCCUAUGUGCUGAUUGAUCGAGCUGAGCUCGGAGGAUUUCAGCGUUCUAGUUUCAUGACGAUUGCCAAUUACCUAGGCAUCUAGUAGUCUCUUGCGUCAUUGCGAUCAAGUCUACAUAGGAUUGUGUUUGAUGCCAUCGGAACUUAUGACUUUGGGAUACCUAAUUUCACCGGAAACCCUUGCAUCUCGCAAACUUCACCAACAAUGUCCCCUCCGGACCCCGCUGGAUCUUCUCCGGACACAGCCGGUACCAGUCAAGGAACCUCGCCCAGUGCUACGGCUCCGGAGAAGUCAGUGGCAUCACGUAAGCCAGCUAAACGUGAACGUGUCGCAUUAGCUUGCCAAAGGUGUAAAACUAGGAAGCAAAAGUGCGAUGGCCAACGACCAGCGUGUGCUUCAUGUGCCCGUUUGUCCUUGAAAUGCGUUUAUAUCGUUCCACUCGUCCCAGCCGCCGGCGAGAAGAAGCUCUACAUCAAAGCGCUUGAACAUCGCAUCGCCGAGCUAGAGGCAUAUCUUUCAUCCACUGGUCAUUCUAGAGUCGGAAACGAUCAUCUAGGCCGCCUAGGUCAAUCGGCGCCAUCAUCGCAUAAUGCACCGAUAGUGUCAAUUAGCCAGCCUGGUCAGACAUCAGUCCCUGAGCAAAGCCAACGGAAUGAUGAAGACGAUAGCAAUGAUAUCCUACUAGCCGUCAGAGAUCUUUCACUUUCGGCAUCUGGUCAUUAUGUUGGAGCUUCUUCGAACAUCACAAUAGGGCGGGUGCUCAAUUCAUUCAUGCACAGCCAGAAAAGCUCGACUUUGGGGACCCACGAAGAGCAAAUUUCCCACGACGAAGAAAAUCCAGCGCCAAAGUCCAUAUACUCAACAAGCGCUGGGGAUAUGAUUGGAGUUCCAUUUCUGAGUCCUCAGGUAGCCGAAAGACUUCUUCACGGUUAUUUUCGGCAUAUAGCUACGAGGUACCCUGUACUACACUCAACUCAAGUAGUAAAGCUCCACAACAACCGGGAUAACCUCACGGACGAGUACGAACAGAGUAUUCUUCACUUAAUAUACGCAGUCAGUGGGAGGUGGCUGGAAUCAGCCGGCGAAAUGGGACACUUCUUCAGCGACCAGCAUUAUGAUAUCGCUUUCGGGGAACUAGAAACAAUGCUCCGUCUUCGAGACUACCGCACAGUCAACUACCUAUUAUUAAUGGCCCUAUAUUGCACGAGAGCCCCCAGAGAACCAGGCGGAUGGACCUAUGUGGGGGAGGCUAUGAGAUUAUGUAUAGAAUUAGGGUUACACCGUCGACCACGAAGACCACAACUCAACAUUGAUGGUGAGAUGGACAAACGGCGAUUUUGGACAGCAUAUUUCCUCGAUCGAGAUAUUUCUAUAGCCGUCGGGCGCCCUCCGAGUAUAUCAGAUCAUGAUAUUGAUGCCGAAUUACCUCUAGAUAUCAACGAAGAUACCAUCGACGACGAAGUUAUCCGUCAAGCAUCAAUUAAUGCCAGUAAUAUCCCAGUUAACCCACCCAAUACGUUAACCUCUUUUAUCCAUCGGACACGACUCAAGCAAAUCGAAUCAGAAAUUCAACACGACGUUUACCGAGUCGAUCGACCGAACGAUGUCUCCGAUGCUUUGAUAAAUACGUUUAUAGAUAGACUCAAUGCAUGGAAGAAUGCGAUACCUUUCGACACAACGCACUAUGUUCAUCGCCAAGAGAACGCAUUUGAAGGCGCCGAAUUAUACACGCUACAUUAUUACCGCUGUAUUCGCUUCUUAUUAUACCCGCAACUCGCGAAGAAUCCUGUAAACUUACACUAUAUGAAGCUCUGCGCAGAUGCCUGCAUAGGGAUCGUCACAGAUUAUCGACGGUUACACCACACUUUUCCGAUUGGGUUCUCGGCCUUGUCAAUACAAUCCGUUUUCUUAGCAGGCUUGACUUUGAUAUAUUGCGCAUGGCUGGCUCCUCCUGGUUUCAUCAAUGUUGAUGGCCCGUUAACGGAUUGCCAAAUCCUCUUAUACAUCGUGACAGAGCGUUACCCAUCGGCGAGGAAAUAUCGCGACGUCUUCGAGCGCAUAAAAUCCGCCAUAAUGGAUAUCAUCGCACAAGGAAAGCACGAGCCACGGAACCCCGUUCAAAUAGAUCCGAAUGUCCAGAAAGGUUUCGCGAGCUUCGAAGGCCAAUGGGCUCCCGGAAUGGGCGCCGACUUCUCGUAUAUGCUCAACACAAUGACGGGGAACCCAGAAGCGGCGUCUGCGUUCGAAUUGAGUAUGGAUCCAACGACAUUAGUUGGCCAUCCAGAUCAAUCUGCAUCGAAUUUAGACCAGUAUCAAAACGUCUGGCCCAACAUGCAACACCCAAUGCCUCAUGAGAUGGGUGAUGUGAAUUCGCUCGGUGGGCUCUAUCAAUGACCACACAAAUUCCCUUGUUAUAAUAUAGACCCGGCUAUUAAAAACGAGGCCGUAGGAUAUACCAUUGUUACAUUAUGUGUUCGGGUUGGCGUGACGAGGGCGUUAUAUAAUACUUGUCGUCCACGGGUGCCUG